AAAAUAGAAUAGUUCAGCCUGGUUAACUAUCAUCAGGACAACAAUAGAUUUAACACUGAGCGCUGACUGAAAAAUAAGUAAUUGUGUUUUGUGUUUCCAGGAUUGUGAAUGAUCCAGUGCUUUCGAUCUGAUGCUACCACUAUUUACCUGGGGAAUGUAGAUCAUAUCUGCAGACAAGAGUGUCCACUCUACACAUUCCUGCACGCGCAGAUAAAUCUGGUUCGGAAGCAGAGGUUUGAGGGACAGAGGGGAGAUGAAUCUAUACCAGAGCUUUGGAAACCUUUUGGAGGCUUGGGUAACUGAAGAAGGCCAGUCCUCGGACCCAGCAUGGCUUGAAAAUAAUGAUGAAGACCUUCCUACAUCUUCUUCCGACGUCGGGACAAAUCUGCGCUCAGAAUCGGUGGACUCCGGAGUGGAGACAGCCAGCCCUGUCAUGUCCUUGCCUCCUACGCCUUCCUCCGUCUCAACAGACACCGCAGAAAUAGACACAUUUACACCAAAACGAGACGGACUCCUCUCUCCUGCCUCGACAUCACAGUCUCCCGUCCUCUGUUCUCCUGUGUCCACCUCUUCUUCCUCUCCGCACGUCCGUCCCAGCAGAACUCGGGCGGACCCCACAGCCUUGCACUUAAAAGUGGAGCAAGCAUUAAAGAAGACUCACUCGAUGCAUCUGAACAACGUCCGAGAGCCCACCAGAGAGGAUGAGUUGCUCAUCCGACGCCCUCGAGCAUUUGGACCUAAACGGCACACAUCUGAGUUAAUGAGAGGUCAAAGUUCACCGAUUGCAGCCUUGAAGAGGACAGUCAACCUAUCGUUGCCCAGGAGGCAGAUGUCAGUAAUAUGCAGACGGCCACUGAGUUGUGAAAAGCAGCCCGCUCAGACGAGCUCAAAGGACCUCGGUGAGCAGGAGAAGACACGACUGAGUCCCGGGCUCCGCUACCUGGAGCAAGUGUGCCAAAUGUUAGAAGAAAUUGCCAGACAACAGAUGCACAGCCAAGCAUUUCAGAUGGAGAUUAAUGCCCUACAGGAACAUCAAAACACAGAGGUGACCCAGGCUGCCAACACUUGUCAGAGUGACUCUAAAGCUGCUGACGAGGAGCUCUCUUUUUGUCAGAGUCUUGAAGAUACAGAAAAUUCAGAGCACAGUGAACCCCAGCCACGGAGAGAUUAUCCAAACAUACAUACUCGGCAGAGAUCUCUUUCUGAGACAAAUAUUUCAACACUGCUCAUAAGACAGUUACAGGCAGACUGCAGACAUCUGAGUACAGACGACCUGUUGGAGAAGAUUGAGGAAGACCAUGAAAAGCAGGGUUCUGAAAAAGAAGAGACGAGUGGAAUAGAAAACUGGAGAAAAAAAUGUGGCUCUUUGAAAAUAGAGAAGUCUGCAGUGAGAGAUACAAAAGGCCAACAGAUGAAGUCACCUGAGAGAAACUCGGCCCGACGACGGCUGAGCCAGAUGUUCAGGUGGAAGAAAACUAAAUGGACCCCGGUGUGUCCGUCAUGAUGUUCUGAAGAGGAGGAAGCUUUUCAUUAAAGAGUGUGACUGCUUUAAAAAUGACUUCCUAUUCAACCUAUGGCAAUCUGCCAUGUUUAUUUAUUGUCUGCUGUAUACUUGCCUUUUUGUUUUUUACUGAAAUAAUGAGAUUUUGUGAAUGAAAUUUCACAAAAUGUCAAUGCUUUUCUUUUUACAAACUGCACAUUGGUGAAAAAUGUUGGUAUGCAAUGUACAGUAUA